GCAUAAUGGAAACUGCUUCUUGUCAAAGCAUAGACAUCCUUUUUUAACCUCGGCUCUCAUUGCUUUAGAGCCCUCCUGAUGCGAAUUUUACGAUGCAUACUUUAUGUGCUGUGGCUCUGGUGAAAUAUAUCUUCAUCCUAAGCCAGUUUCUUUUGUUAGUGAGGACCAUAAAUAUCAAAUUUUUACCAUGUGACACAAAUGUGAACGCAACUAAAGUUGACUGCAGUGACAGACCACUCAGGCAUGUCCCCUUCAUAAAGGCUACAUCUGUAACUGACGUAGAUUUAAGUCGGACUAAGAUAAACCAAGUAGGGCCGCGUGCUUUCACGGGUGUCCCAAAUCUGCACACUCUAAAAAUGUCAGGCAAUUGUCAGCCGGGCAGUCUCAGAGCUCUGGAAGAUGCCACAUGCAAAGUGAACAUCUACAGUGAUGCUUUCAAGAACCUGCUAAAGCUGAAAUAUCUGGAUUUGUCAGGAAACAGUCUUACCUCCAUACCAUGGUUACCAGAAAGCCUGGAGGUUCUUCAUCUAGAAAACAAUCACAUCUUCAAGAUUAUCCAACCUUUGAACACUCCACAUCUGGAAAAGCUCUUCCUCACCAAGAACUGCUUUUAUGCAAACCCUUGCAAUCAGUCCUUUUACAUCAGUGAGAUGGUUUUCAGAGAGCUCCCUAAACUCAAAAACCUCACAUUAGGGUAUAAUAAUUUGACAGCUAUCCCCAAAGGACUGCCACCCUCACUGGAGAGUCUGGAUUUAAGAGAGAAUACAAUCACAGAGAUCUUAGAAGGAGCAUUUGCCAAAAUGACUGCCCUCAGGUAUUUGAAUUUGGAGUGGAAUUGCCAGCGUUGUGAUCAUGCUGCAAGGCCCUGCUUUCCAUGUCCACAAAAUCGCUCUCUAGGGCUAUAUUCACACUCAUUUUAUGCUGAAAACAGCUCCCUCACCUACCUAAGUUUGAGGGGGAACUCUCUGAAAAUGUUUCCAGAGGGCCUUUUUAGACCACUGAAGAAUUUGAAAAGAUUGGACCUGUCUGACAACCUCCUGGCAUAUGCUAUACAAAAUGGAACCUUCUUUGAUGAGCUCAGGGGGCUCAAAUGGCUUAGCCUUAUCUAUAACUAUGAACCACGGAAAACUUUUCCAGAACUGAAUCUGUCCCCAAAUUUUAACAAUAUGUCUGGUCUGCAAUAUCUUCUUCUGAGUGGUAACUUUUUCCUAAAACUUUCUAAUCACAGCCUUGAAGUCCUCUCCAAAUUUCAAAAUCUAAAACUGCUAGAACUGAGAAUGAAUUUCAUUAAUACUAUUAAUUUGACGGUUCUGAAGCAGUUACCCUCUCUCAUCUAUAUUGACCUCUCCCAAAAUAUGCUUAAUUUCCUUCAGUGCUGCUCAAGUUCACGAUCUGGGGUUGUGGCACAGGAAAGUUGUCAGAACCAAAACUCGUAUGCACACAGUCUUCAUGAUGAGCCACUCAUUCAAAUAGAUAGAGAAGUCACAUCUAGAAGUACCAUGUGGGAAUACAACCAAUUACAUGAGCCGGAAAUGUUGGAGGACAGUGUGACAGGAAUCCCACCACUACUGGGUUUCCAGCACCAGUCAGAUGUGCUGAAAAAGUUGGAGAAAAGAUUUCCACAAAUUCCAUCAUUGUGGGACUUCAAAAAUGUUCAUUGCAAAAAUAAGCUGACAUUUGACCUCUCUCAGAAUGAUAUUGUAUCCCUUAACAAACAUGUGGUGUUAGGCAUGGAGAAUGCAGUUUGUUUAGACCUUUCCUUCAAUUACAUGAACCAGGCAUUGAGGGGUGGACUGUUUGAAGGUAUGACAAAUUUAGCGUUUCUCAAUUUGUCUUACAAUAGACUCGAUCUUUAUUAUAACGAUAGUUUCAGAGAACUCAAUUCAUCUCUGAAGGUAUUAGAUAUUAGUAACAAUGAGUUUCAUUUCAAUAUGAGGGGCAUGGGCCAUCGUUUUGAGUUUCUUGAAAAUUUGACCCAGUUGGAAGCCCUAAGUCUGGCAAACAAUGGAAUUGGGAUGCGAAUAAAUCAAAGGCUGAUCUGCAACCCUCUGAAGUACUUUGACUUCUCUGGAAAUCACCUGAACGUAAUGUGGGAAUCUGACAACAACAAGUACACUCAUUUCUUCCAAAACUUGACAAAUCUAACCUACCUGGACAUCUCUAACAACCAUCUGAAGUCACUGUCAGCAGAAGUGCUGUGUAGCCUCCCGAGCAGCCUUAAGGCCCUCAGCAUCAGCAAGAAUUUGCUAAACUAUUUCCCAUGGAUAAACAUUUCUGCACUCACCAGUUUAUAUUACCUGAACCUAAGUCACAACUUCCUUUAUAAACUGCCAGAUUAUGUAGUAGCAGUAGAAUUUGGAGUCAAUUUUACCUUUUUGGACCUCAGUCACAAUCAUCUCAGUUAUAUUCCUGAAGAUUUCUUUAAGGAGGCAAAGUCCCUAAAAUAUUUGUAUCUCAGUCACAAUCAGAUCAAAGAGUUGAACCAGGGCCAUCUCCCUGUCCUCUUUAAAAACGGCACUGCCCUUCAAAAUCUCACCCUGCACGCCAAUCCCUUUAAAUGUGACUGUAAUACAUCCUGGCUUGCUGAAUUUUUGAGUACUACAUCGAUACAUAUUCCUUAUCUGACCACAGGUGUACGGUGUGAAUUUCCAGAGUCUCAGCAGGGUGAGAGCAUACUGUCCAUAGACCAGCAUUCUUGCCAGGACAUAUAUGGUAGCUUAGCCUUCCUCGUCUGUUCCUUCAUGGCUGUGGUGUUUACUGUUCUUCCUUUACUGAAGCAUCUCUACGGCUGGGAUAUGUGGUAUUGCCUGCAGGUACUCUGGGCCGGGCACAAAGGCUACUCCCAGCUAGCUGGCACUGAUUCACAGUAUCAUUAUGAUGCCUUUGUGGUGUUUGACACCAGUAACCAGGCUGUGAGGGACUGGGUUUACAACGAGUUAAUUGUCAAUCUGGAGAACUCUGGUCACAGGAGAUUUGGUCUAUGCUUGGAAGAAAGGGACUGGAUUCCUGGGCUUUCGUGUAUAGAGAACCUUCAUAAUGCUGUACAUAGGAGUGUGAAAACAGUUUUCGUACUGUCCAGAGGUGUUAAUGGCAAUGUGACGGUGAAUGGUGUGAUCCGCCAGGCCUUCUUCAUGGUUCAACAGAGGCUUCUGGAUGAGAAGGUGGAUGUAGCUGUGCUGGUUCUGAUGGAUAAGAUGUUUCCCAAACUGAAGUACCUUCAGCUAAGAAAGAGGUUGUGCAGAAAGUCUGUGUUGUCAUGGCCGAGUCACCCGUGUGCUCAGCCCCUUUUCUGGAAUCAAAUGAGAAUGGCACUGUCAUCAGAUAACCUCAAAUUUUAUGACAACAACAUGAGUGAAAGUUUUUUAUGAUCUUCUUUUACAUAUUAAUAGACACAACCAUUAUGAAAAAGGCCUUCCUUCUUCCUAUUGCUAAAUGUUAAACUUACCCUUUGCUUCACAUAUUACCACAGGUUGCUGUUUUAUUGUUCCAUGUACAUAUGUUAUAUGUUUUAUUCUUAUUGUUCUGUUGUUUUAUUUUAAAAUUGGUUGCUCUGGGAUGUUAUUUGUUAUUAUUAUGAUGUCGAAUGUGAUAAUGUGGACGUCCUGCCUUAAGGUUUCUUAAUUUUGUCAGUUUUCAGUUACCUAAUCCACUGGUUUACAACACUGGUUUCAACACCUGUAUUUGUAUUUGCGGAAAAUAUUAUCAGCUUUCCUUUAGUUAUAUUUUGUCAGAGGAAGGCACUUUUGGAACAAUGUGGACCUACAAUUUACCUAUUUAAUUGUUGUACUUUGCUCCACACCGUUAAGGGAUGCGUUUGUUGUUCUUGCUGUCAAUCAGAAACUUUGAUGUCUAUUGAUCUAUGUCAAUUUCAUUUAAUAUCUCAUUCAUUACUUUUUUGUGCAUUUGCACUGUAUGGUUGACACAAUCCCACGGCAUACCUUGACUUGCCUCAAGGCACACCAUUUGGUGACCACUGAUGAAAUCUUUGUCUUCAGAGA